AUGCCGCUGUCUAAUAAGUUAAUUCUGCUCCUGGGGCUGGCUGGCGUAGCUUUGGCCGUACCGGCAAAACGUACUGUAAAAACACCAGCGGCCGACCACAAGAGAGCUGGCGCUAUCAAGGAAGCGUUUGAAAUUUCAUGGAAUGGCUACUACAAGCAUGCUUUCCCUCAUGAUACACUCCAUCCCGUGACAAAUGGUUACGAAGAUGACCGAGCUGCAUGGGGAGUAACAGUUGUUGAUGCCCUUGACACAGCUAUUGUCAUGAAUAGCCUGAAAAUUGUACAGCCGAUGCUGGACCAUAUUACCAAUAUUGACUUUACCACGACUGCGGAGGCUAAUUACGGCAUUUCUGUAUUCGAGACCAACAUUCGGUACCUGGGUGGCCUGCUUUCUGGGUACGACUUGCUCAAGGGACCUUAUAAGCACCUUGGAGCUGAUCCUAAGAAGGUCGAUGCCCUCUUGACCCAAGCCCGAAAACUCGGUGACAGCCUCAGCGUGGCAUUUAACACCCCGAGCGGUAUUCCCGACCCAACCAUCUACUUGAACCCUACCAAGAAGCACAGCGGUGCUAGCAGAAACAACAUUGCUGAGAUUGGGACUUUGGUUCUGGAAUGGACUCGUCUUAGUGACUUGAGCGGCAACAAGACUUAUGCCCAGCUGGCGCAAAAGGCCCAAAACUAUCUACUGAAGCCGACAGGAAGCCCGGAAGCCUGGCCGGGGUUGAUCGGCACUUGGGUCAGCACAGAGAACGGCACUUUCAUGGACAGCAGUGGUGGCUGGUCUGCUUAUGACGACAGCUACUACGAGUACCUGAUCAAGAUGUACGUGUACGACCCCAAGGCGUUUGGUCUGUACAAGGACCGCUGGGUAGCUGCAGUGGACUCGACUAUGAAGCAUCUCCUGUCACACCCUACGACACGAAAGGACCUGACUUUCCUGUCUUCCUAUAACGGGCAAAAGACCAACCCCAACUCUGGACACUUGGCUAGUUUUGCUGGCGGCAAUUUUAUUCUCGGCGGCGCAAUUCUUGGCGAAGAAAAGUACAAGACACUCGGCCUCCAAGUCACCGAAUCUUACUACGAGACGUACGUCCAAGAAGCAAGCGGCAUUGGACCCGAAGGCUUCCGCUGGGUAGACGCAGCCCUCCCAGCUAAUGACCCUAGCAACCGGCCUCCGCCGGCGAACCAGACCGAGUUUUACAAAAAGGCAGGCUUCUAUAACACUGCGACGUAUUAUAUUCUGCGUCCGGAAACUGUGGAAUCCCUUUACUACUCGUACCGACUUACCGGCGACAAAAAGUACCAGGACAUGGCGUGGACUGCAUUCCAGGCAAUCCGCAAGCUGUGCCGUGUGAAUGAUGCGUAUGCCGAGUUGUCAGACGUGUCCAAGGCGAACGGUGGUGGAUUUUCAGAUUCUAUGCAGAGCUUCUGGAUGGCUGAGACGCUCAAGUAUUUGUACUUGAUCUUUGCCGCUGAUGGGCCUGUACAUGUGCAGUUGCAGGGUGGUAAGAAUCAGUUUGUAUAUAACACUGAAGCUCAUCCUGUUGCUGUGAGGGGUUGA